AUGGAUGUGAAAAUUCGUCCCACCUGCUUGUGGAUGCUAAAAGCUAUUCUCAAGCAAAGAGAAGCUGUUGUGGAUAUGCAGGGUUGGAAGGACAUGAUGACUGCUGGGAAAUUCUGCAAAAAGAAGAUUUACAAUGGUUUGCUAAGUAGCACACAACUUGUGACCUGGAGAAAAUUGUUAUACGAUAAUGAAGCUAGGCCCAGAGCACUGUUUAUAAUGUGGAUAGCUUAUCAUGAUCGCUUAGCAACUAAAGACAAACUUUUGAAGUUUGGUAUCUUGGAUAAUGCAAACUGUGUGUUGUGUGUAGGUGCUGAAGACUUAAAUCAUUUGUUUUUUGACUGCCGAAUAAAUUGUGACAUAUGGAAGGAGGUGUUAAGUUGGAUGCAGGUGAAUCAUAUGCCAAAAAGGUGGGACCAAGAGCUGGAUUGGAUGGUGCACAAGAGUAAAUGCAAGAGCUGGAAGACAAAGCUGAUAAAGACUGCUUUUGCCGAAACUAUAUAUGCUUGUUGGAUGUAUAGGAACGAGAUUGUAUAUAGUGCAAAUGAUAAUAAUAAGAAUAUACAUAGAAAAAUACCUAAUGAGGUUAUAGAUAAUAUAGUGCAUAGAAUGUGGAGAAAAUCAAACCUUAGAGGAAGGAUUGCUCCUUUCCUUCUAUGA